UUGAACCAACGUGGCUGGAAGUCUCUCUGCUGGUUGCAUUGCUCUUAGACAUCCACAGAGGAGGCGUCUGCUCUUAGACAUCCACAGAGGAGGCAUUUGCUCUUAGACAUCCACAGAGGAGGCAGUCAUUUGUCAUUCCUAACAUCACCCUCAUCCGAGGACUUACCCUUUCUUUGAAGACUUCCUUAGAAUCUCCUCUCUUCAGUGAUGAUAGCAGACUGUGUAUGCUGGGUAAUGUACUGGGUGCUUGAUAUGACUAAAAUGAGCCUGAGUCUGCCUGAGGAGUCACUUCUGCAGCCAACAUGGGACUUUAUCCAACAUCACCACCAGACAAGCAUACGCUCUCCUCUCUUUCCAGUCUUCCUCUCGGUGUCCACCUACCUCCUUCUGGUAGCACUGUAUACCACUCUGGACCUGCUGGCUCCCUCAUGUCCCAAGAUCAACCAGUACCGCAUCCACCAAGAGCGUCAAGUGGUGUGGUCCAACAUCUGGAGGACACUUUGCCUCACAACCUAUAAUCAUUUGGUUUUUAUUUUUCCUGCGGCAGUGGCACAGUGGCUGUGGCGUCCGCCCAUCCCGCUACCUCAAAAGGCACCUACACUCACCGCUUUCCUAGUGGGAAUUCUGGGAUGUACAGUAGUCUUUGACUUUCAGUACUACCUUUGGCACAUGCUACAUCACCGCAUAGGCUGGCUCUACCGCACCUUUCAUGCCGUGCACCAUGAAUACAAUGAGCCAUUUAGUCUGGUCACACAGUAUCUCUCCGGCUGGGAGCUUUUCAGUGUUGGCUUUUGGACUACGCUAAACCCUUUACUUCUCCAGUGCCAUUGUUUGACUACCUGGGCCUUCAUGGUAUUUAAUGUGUGGGUGUCCACGGAGGAUCAUUGUGGAUAUGCCUUCCCUUGGGCCAUGCAUAACCUAGUGCCAUUUGGGUUGUGGGGAGGGGUAUUGAAGCAUGAUACCCAUCAUCAAAAGCCUGGCACAAACUUUGCUCCCUUCUUUUCCCACUGGGACUGGCUGGGGGGUACAGCAUGCUUGCCUUCCCUCACAAUGUUGAACAACAACAAGAAGAACAAAGGAACUUGAGUGGAAGCACCACUUUAAGUCACCGUAUUGCUCUUUCCCCCUAUAAAUAUAUAUAGGCCAUUUUUUCCCUGUGUUGUUUUGCUAUCAUUUUUCUAUUAAUGUUUGAGAUGAGCCAUUCCCUCUAAUUACAUGUGCAUACCGUUGUAACAGCAGAUUUCAGAUGUCAGAUGCUCUGGCUAUUCAAUGCUACUGAAUUUAAGUUUUUAGUUAAGAUUCAAGUUGUGAUAGGUUUGAUUUGCACUAGUUACUCUCCCCUGUACUGCACAGCUCUGUAGUGCAAUUAUAAAAUAAAUAAUUCUGACUAAUACAUUGUAAUGUCUUUCUAAUUGAAUUGAAUCUGUUUGUUUAAUAGUAAAUACAAUUCCAGCAGAAUUGUCCAAAUGCAUUUAUUGUAUUGCAUAAGUACUUUGUCAGUGUGUGUUAUAGGAUGAUAAUGUGUAUAGUUGCUACAAAGAUUUAUACUGGUAAAUAGUGUUGUAACAUUAAUGUGUAAUAACAAUGUUUAACAUUAUACAUCAAGCUGAAUAAAACUUUCCUUUAACAGUGU